UUUAAGGCGUCUGACUGUCUGCGGCGUUGUGGAGGAGAAACCGACGCCCUCCCGACUACAGUUCACAACAUCGUUAUCAACGGCAUAGUUUCAUCCUGGACCUUGCGAGGAAAGUGGCGGUGUUGGAUUUAAAGGGGAUACAGCCGUCAAUCAAAAGGAAGGACAAACGAAGGAUUCGAACCAUUGUAACACUGUUGGGGUGGACUGACAUACAGACGGACAGACAGACGGACAUACAGACGGACAGACAGGGCAGAGGGUGUUGCUGUGUGUGUGUGUGUAGACCCUGCUAGCUGCCAGUCAGGAUGAGGCCUGGUCAGCUGUAUGUCCUGGUCCCAGCCUCCGCUGCCCUCCUCCUCCUCCUCCUCCUGGUCCUAUCAGAUCCGUCUCAGACCAGCGCCUGCAACGAGGCCCUCUGCGCCUCGGAUGUCAGCAAGUGUCUCAUACAGGAGCUGUGUCAGUGUCGUCCGUCCGAUGGGAACUGUUCAUGUUGUAAGGAGUGUAUGCUGUGUCUGGGGACACUGUGGGAGGAGUGCUGUGACUGUGUCGAUAACAUGUGUACGGUGGUCUACUUUGACGACUGCGUAUCCAUCCGCCAGUGUAAACUAUACUGUGAGUCGAUGGGAGGGUCGAAGUACCGCUGGUUCCACAACGCCUGCUGUCAGUGCAUCGGCCCGGAGUGUCUGGACUACGGCAGCAAGGCUGCUAAGUGCAUGAACUGUCUGUUCUGAAGACUGGUGGUGGAUGGAACCAUGGUGGGGGAGACUGGGCACCAAAUAUAUGGACCAAACUAAUGGGUGGCUCCAGGGAGGGGCUAGAUGAUGCUGAAGUUUCCUCAACAAUAACCUAGCACCCCGUUAGUAUCCCCAAUAAAUAUUUUAUUAAUACAUGCACAUGUACACCAUACAGUGUAUUCUGAAAGUAUUCAGACCCCUUGACUUUUUCCACAUUUUGUUAUGUUACAGCCUUAUUCUAAAAUGGAUUAAA